UUCUGAAAUCUCAAGGAACUUAUCAUUUCUUUUCUUUGAUUCUGAAUCUCAAGGAAAUAAUGGAAAACUAUAACAAAAUUUUCUGCUGUAUUAUCUUCUUAUGCUUUGUGAGUCUUGGAUCUUCUACUAAUGUUGAAGAUCCUAACUAUGGUGGUGCAGAACAGACUAAGAAUACCACUGCACCACUCAAGUUUCCACCGCCUCCUUCUGGUACUUCAACAUCCAAUAAUACUACAGCUGAAGACUUGCCGACGACUUAUUGCGUCGCCAAGUCCUUCGGAGCCAACAUGGAUUCUAUGGCAGCUGCUCUCAGUUGGACCUGCGGUAUUGUAGACUGUUCCCUUUUGCAGCCGGGAAGCGUUUGCUUUGAACAGGAUAACGUAGCCGCACAUGCGUCCUAUGCAUUUAACCUAUACUAUCAAAAGAAGAAUAGGAUUACGGGGUCCUGUGAUUUCAAUGGAACAGCCAUGAUCACAACUACAAACCCGAGUCAUGGAACAUGCGAGUUUCCAAAUCAUAAUCGUGGGAUUACUGGAUCGGCAUCCAGGCUCAAGUUUGGUGGUAUUCUAGCAGUUGUGCUCCUUGUUUGGGGGUACUAGGAAUAUAGGGUUGACUUGACCAAGACUGAUGAUAUAAAUCAAUCUUCCCUGUUAUCUGUAAGAGCGUAUCGAACAAUAUAAUUAUGUAAUAAAUAACUUCUGAAGUUGCUUCUUGAUUCCUAGUCUGGUUUUCGAUCAUUGCAACAAUUGGUUCUAGGUUUCUGCUGCUGAACAUGGAAAGAAAUUUGGGGUUUUCAAU